UUCGGGUGUGGGCGGAGGAUAAAUGACGGCAGGCAGUGAAGGCAGGCAGCAGAAGGAGUAACAGCUUUAGCUAUGAGGCUGCUAUUGAAAGUUGUUGAGAGUUGCGGUGACGUGAAGUAGUGUGCGCCGUGUCGAGAAUGAACGAGCAAGGGGAGAGGUGAAUGUAGGCAGGGGAGCUGGAAGACCCAACAGCAGAUCAUGUGGGUUACAGAAAGCAUUUAACGGAAACUACAAUCGCGACUGCUGAUCAUUCCUGCGCUCAAACAGAACCCACGGUUAACGGGCAUAAAGAGUGAAAGAGAGAGAGAGAGAGAGAGAGAGAGAGAGAGAGAGAGAGAGAGAGAGAGAGAGAGAGAGAGAGAGAGAGAGAGAGAGAGAGAGAGAGAGAGAGGACAGCCUGUUGAAGGGCACAGGAGAGUUUUACUCUACCGAAUAACAGUUGAAGAACGAAAACAAGAAGCGACAGGAAGAGAGCGACACACAAGAAAACGAAAAAGGAGCAACAAACACACAGCAAAGACUACUUCCGAGAAGGAAACGAGUUCAAGAGAGAGCUUACACACUUAAGCCGUGGUGGAGGACAAGCCUGGGGAACCAAGAGGCGGAGGAGGUGGUGUUGGGUGGAAGAGGUAGUGGAGGAGAAGUCACAAAGCGAACUUUAAAGAAAAAAAAGAGUGCAAGUUGGUUCUAGAUAACGCAACGGUAUUGUAAAAUAACGCUGAGCGGAGGCAGAGAGAGGAAGUCUUUAGGGUCAUCGAGUCUCAGGAGGGGGAAGGAAUGCUGCUGAAGAUGCUGAUGCCGUUCUCCUUGAGGACUCUGUUCUCCUUGAUGAUCACCCUUCUCAUCUUUGGAACCGUGUUUACUACCCUCGUCUCGUACGUUUUCAGAAACAGCGAUGGAAAACAUGUGAGUCCUUUACGUACCCCUCCGAAAAUCCCGCUCUCCACUCCACCAUGUGACCGGUGCAGGGGAUCACUUAUCGAGAAUGUGAUGACACGAUAUUCUCAGACAUGGAAAAAGCAGCAAGAAAACUCUACAAAGUUCAGAGAUCUGCUGAGACGCACAUGCCAUGGUUUUAACAAGGCCCUUGUCUCACAAGAUAAUACCCCGGUGGGUGCCCAGAUUGUAUAUGAUGGCGAGAAGAGAAAACCAUUGACAGUGACAUCAGCCUUUUUCCACACCUUUGCAAAGAGUAAUCCAUUCAGAAACAAAACCUGGGAUACCUGCUCUGUUGUUGGCAAUGGAGGGAUUUUGUCCAACAGCACCUGUGGUGAGAGGAUAGAUUCCGCCCAGUUCGUCAUCAGGUGUAACCUACCUCCUGUGGAGAACAGCCAUCUCAAGGAUGUAGGCAAAAAGACAAACCUUGUGACGGCAAAUCCAAGCAUCUUGCUUGAGAAAUUUAGGGGUCUACAGGAGCACAGACGUCCCUUCAUGGAGAGCAUGCAUCGCUACAAUGACUCUCUGAUGCUCCUGCCGGCAUUCUCAUACUCCCGCAACACUGCAGUGUCCCUUCGUGCGCUCUACACCAUCGAGGACUUUGAGAGCCCAAUCAGGCCGGUGUUCCUCAACCCAGAGUACGUUCGGAACCUGCACAGCUUCUGGCGCUCCAAAGGCCUCCGGAGCAUGCGUCUGAGCUCUGGCUUGAUGGUGGCCAGCCUGGCGCUGGAACUUUGCACCAAUGUACACCUAUAUGGGUUCUGGCCCUUUGACCAACACCCGCUAUUACACCAACCACUCAAUAACCACUACUAUGACAACAGAAAGAGUAAGAAGAAGGUUCAUGCAAUGCCUGCCGAGUUUGACUAUUUGUUGAGGUUACAUGAGCAGGGUGUACUGAAAAUACACCUGGGGGAUUGUCGGCCAUCCAGCCGGUAGGCAGCCCUGCAACUGAAUACACUGGAUCAUGUUCUUGUCUUUAGCUGAUGUCUUGACUCUAUUAUUCUCAAAGAUUGCAAUAUGUGUGGUGAAAACAGUGAGGCAUGAUGUUUAAUUUAAUUUAUUUAUUCUGUAUCGAUGCAAAGCCACCACAAAUAUAUGAUACGAUAAACUUGGAAUGCAAUGCACUGAACAUGCACUGUUUGCACAGAUGAAAUUAUACAAAAGUAGUUUUUUUUCUAUUAACAUUAUGCAUAGUAAUGAUUUUAAACUAUAUAUUUAUAUAGAAAUUGGUGAUAAUAAAAUAUGUAUAUAUAUAUAUAUAUAUAUAUAUAUAUAUAACUAUAAUUUUUUAUUAAUUUGACUUCUUGGAUGGAGAUUGUUUAGAUUUGGUAAAUAUGAAGCCAUUUUAGUGCCUUAUGUAAACAAUGUAUUUUUCUUUUAACUGAAUUAACUGAACUGAUUUUGACUAUAUCAACAAAAUAUUGAUUUUGUCUAUCACAUGAGUAGAAAAAUAUACAAUUGAAUACAUAGGUGUUCAAAACACAAAUUUUUAAUAUGUUGUUUAUGUUAAACAUACAGUUUGAUUUCCUGUAUGAAAGGACACAUUUUUCCCUACGAAAUUCUGAAAAAUAAACUAUAUAUUUACUGAAUUGAUCCAUCUUGAACUGAAGGUAAUGCUAAAUAACAUAGAUGCAAAUGAAAUGGAACCAGCCGGCCAACAUAGGCUGAAGAUUCACUCAUAAAUGUUCACAAUUUUUUUUGCCAUGAUCAAUAUUCCCUUCAAAUGAUAGCCUUGGUAACAAUAAACAAAGUAAAAUGUGUGAAAAUAAAAUAUCUAUAUAUGUAUGUACAGUAUAUAUAUACACAGUAUAUGGUUUUUAUCAGUGAGAUAUUCAUGGAGAAUAUAUUUUGUAUUUAUGACAUUGAAUUUUAUUGUUGCAGAAACAGUUUUUGUGAGUCUCAAACAGAUUUUUAUAGUGAUACUUACUGAAGUCAUGUUCUUACUGAGAUCAAUAAGAAUUACAAGUGAUGUUUAAAAAAAAAUCAUUGAAGACUUUUGCAGCCAAUAUUGACAUUGUGUCAAUGAAUAUGAACUCAAUUUUCUAAGACAUUGGUGAUAAAAAAAAAAUACAAAGCUGAUGAGUA